AUGCCGCGGGCGUCGCGCCUCCUGGCGCCCCUGCUGGGCCUGGGCCUGGGGCUGACCCUGAGCCUGAGCCUGCACGCGACGGGAGCCGCCGCCGACUGCGGGUCUCUGGGCCCCGCCGAGCGCCUGGUGUUCACCCCCGUGUCCCGCGCACGGUGGCUGGCCCCCCGCGUCCGCGCGCCGGGACCCCUGGACCCGCUCUACAGCACCGUGCGCCGCUUCCUCGCGGUGGUGCAGCUGAACCCCUUCCCCGCGGAGCUGGUGAAGUCCCUACUGAACGAGCCGGAGUCCGUGAAGGUGGAUGAGGUGGUGCGGUACCAGGCGGGCUACGUGGUGUGCGCUGUGAUCGCCGGCCUCUACCUGCUGGCGGUGCCCAGCGCCGGGCUGUGUUUCUGCUGCUGCCGCCGGCGCCGGCACUGCGGGGGCCGCGUGAAGACCGAGCACAAGGCCCUGGCGUGCCAGCGCGGCGCCCUGCUGGCCUUCCUGCUGCUGACCACCCUCGUGCUGCUGGUCGGCGUCGUGUGUGCCUUCACCACCAACCAGCGCGUGCACCAGCACACAGGCCCCAGCGUGGAGGCUGUGCCCGAGACCCUGCUCAGCCUGCGGGGCCUGGUCGCCGAUGUUCCCCAGGAGCUGCAGGCCGUGGCAGAGCAGUUCUCCCUGCCCCAGAAGCGCGUCUUGGAGGACCUGGAUGGAGUUGGUCUGAACAUCGGCAACACAAUCCAUGCCCAGCUCAGGAGUACAGUGGAGCAUACACUGAACUCAGUGCAGAACCUGGGCCAGGCCCUGCAGAUGUCUGUGGACCACCUCCGGGCGCUGAACGCCACCGCGGAGGAGCUGAGGCAGGGCCAGCGCACCCUGGAGCCAGCCGUGCGGGAGCUCCGGGAGCAGCUCGAGGCCCUGCUGCAGGAGGGAGGCUGCCAGGGCUGCGCCUCCGCCCUGGGCCAGGCCCGAGCCCUGGAGCUGGGAGCUGACUUCAGCCAGGUUCCUGCUGUGGAUGGUGCCCUGCGCCGGCUCCGGGGCGUGCCCCGGGCCAACUUCUCUGAGAUGGUGCAGGAGGAGAACAGCACCUUCAACGCCCUCCCGCUCCUGACCGCCCUCCAGGUAGCGGACAGGGUCCAAGAGCUAAGGAAGAUGGUGAAGGAGCAGCCCAAAGGGCUGAGCUCGCUGGCCGAGGGCUUCCCCAGCUGGGAGGCCGCCGCGCACUGGAGCCGGGCGCUGGAGGACGCGGAGCAGCGCAGCCGGCCCUACCUGGAGGAGGUGCAGAGAUACGAGAGAUACAGGUGGAUCCUGGGCUGCGUGCUGUGCUCCAUGGUCCUGCUCGUGGUGGUCUGCAACCUGCUGGGCCUCAACCUGGGCAUCUGGGGGCUGUGGGCCAGGGAGGACCCCAGCCACUCGGAAGCCAAGGGCGAGGCUGGAGCCUGCUUCCUUUUGCUGAGUGCGGGACUCAGCUUCCUCUUCGCCGCCCCUCUCAUCCUGCUGGUCUUCACCACCUUCCUGGUGGGGGGCAACGUUCAGACCCUGCUGUGCCGCAGCUGGGAGAGCGGGGAGCUCUAUGAGUUUGCUGACACACCAGGAAACUUGCCCCCUUCCAUGAACUUGACCCAACUUCUCGGCCUGAAGAAAAACAUCAGCAUUCUCCUGGCCUACGAGCAGUGCCGGGAAGGGGCUGCGCUCUGGAAGGUUCUACAGCUCAAUGACUCCUAUGACCUGGAGAAGCACCUGGAUAUCAGCCAGUACACCGGUCAACUGAAGCAGGACCUACAGAACCUCAGGGUGAACGUUCAGAACCUGGAUCUGCUGAGCGCAGACGCCCGCCGGGACCUGCAGGCCCUGCAGAGCAGCGGGAUCGAGAGGAUCCAGUACUCCAGCUUCCGCGGCCAGCUCCAGAAGCCUGUGCUGAACACGGAGGUGGAGCAGCUGGCCAAGGCGCUGGACACACUGGCGCAGACUCAGGGAGCCCCGGGGCUGCAGGCACAGCUGCAGGAGAAGGCCCGAGACCUGAGACGCCUCCACCAGCAGCAAGUGCUCCCUCGGCAGAGACUUAUGGCCACACUCAACCUCAGCGUCGCCGUGCUGGAGUCCUCUGUCCCCCGUCUCCAGCGGGAGACCUCGCAGACCCUGGACGCAGUGGCCAACCUCACUGAGGAGCUGCCAGCCUGGACGAACCGGAUCCUGAAGACUGAAAGCGAGUGUCUCCUGGCCCGGGAGACUGGCUACUUCUCCCAGUACCUGGACUGGGUGAGAGAGGAGGUGACACAGCAUAUUGCCACCUGCCAGCCUCUGUCCGGGGCCCUGGACAACAGCCGUGUGAUUGUGUGUGACAUGCUGGCUGACCCCUGGAAUGCCUUCUGGUUCUGCCUGGCUUGGUGCACCUUCUUCCUGAUCCCCAGCAUCAUCUUCGCUGUCAAGACCUCCAAGUACUUCCGUCCCAUCCGCAAACGGCUCAGCUCUACCAGCUCGGAGGAGACGCAGCUCUUCCACAUCCCCCGUGUCACCUCUCUGAAGCUGUAGACCUCAGCAGGGGCUCUGCGCCCAUCUGGCACAGCCCCUCCUGACCAGAGGGCUUCCGGCCUGCUGCCCCCAGACCCCAGGCGGGCAGUCCACGGCUCUCUGACCCCACAGGCCUGGACCCUUCACGCCCUCUCCUGCUUGGGACGCCCCUCCUUCAUCCCCAGAAGCACAUCCCCACCCCUGUGUCCUGCACCAGGACGGACCCCUGUCCUCCACUGGGGGAACCCCUGACCCCAUCCCCCCCUUCCCCACGGCCACCCCUGCUCCUUGUCCCUUCACCUCCAUCAGGCCUCCCGCCCCUCCGGAGGUCCCUUCCUCUCUGGUUCCCUCUCUAGAUCUUUCCCUGCUCCCCUGCUGGUCCGCCCCACCCCACCCCACCCCCACCCCCGGCUGCUCCCACCUUAUCAGGUAAAACUGCGGAGCAGGCCAGGGGCCUCUGUGUCCUGGAUCCAGGCCGCUGCAGACUGUGCCUCACGCUUCAGGGACUUGGACCUUCCCCAGGACUCAGCGUGGACUCCUGUGCCCCCCCUCCGCCUGGGAUUAGGGGGUCCCUGUGUGUGGACUGGGCUUCCAACCCUCACCCAAGAAUAAGUGCUGCUGCCCCAACUUCUCCCAGGCCCCACCCACCCCAGCGUCCGCAUCUCUGCAGCCCUGCCCAGCACUCCCAGGGGGCGCUAGUGAGCCUUUCCCCGGGCCCUUCCCUCCUGCUGGACGACAGGGCCAGUCACCUGGGCUUGUCACCAGCCCAUUGGCUGCCCUCUCUGCUGGCUGGAUCCUGAGUUGCAGAGGUGGGUAAGAGGAGGAGAGAGAAGAGGAGAGAGACGGAUGGGAAUGAUCCACCCCAAUGUUCUCAACUUCCCGAAGCCUCGGCUUGGGCUGCUGGUUGAUACCAGAGAUCUAGAGUGGUCCUCAAACGCAGCUGGUGUCCAAGGAGUGUUAGAGCAGGGCGAACACAUGUCCCCUGACCACAGGCAUGCGGGUUGUCCAGGAAGCCGGUUAGAUGGGAACCGGGGUGCACGUGGAAGCAGGCGCACCUGCUCACGUGCUGGCUCAGUUCUUGUUAUGGGGCCACCGUGAACGUGUUACCCAGCUCUCGUUUUCUCCCCUUGGAAAACGGGGAGGCUACUAAUAGCCUUCUCAUAGGGAACAAAACGUGGUAAUGAGGCGGAAGCUCUUGGCAAGGGCCCAUCACCAAAUAAAUGUUCCUGUGCUGCUAGGUGGGGUGCAGCUAGCUGGGGCGCAGCUGGGUCUGGCAGACAGAAGGAAGAGUGAGAUAAAGCUCCUGUUCAAAGACAGGAAGCUCCUCAAGGUUAUGGUCUGCUAAGCUGCAGGGGGAGCUGAGGGGUCUCUGUUUAAUGGUAUUUUACAAACCAGUGACAAAGUUGCUGCUAGGAAUUAGCAUCCUCACUCUGGCAUGCAGACCCCCUAGAAAGCAUUCAUGAGGACCAAGCCUGUGGGUUGUUCCUAAGGAAGUCUGGCUCGUUUCUCAUCUGCUCCCAUGUAUGCAAAAGCUCUGGUGCCCUGAGUUUUAAGAAUAAA